GCGCGUGGGUUUCACUUUCACCUUUUAAGGCAGCAACGCGGCAUGUACGGGCGAAAAAAACACAUAAAAAGGCGUAAGAAAACUUGGAGGAUAAGGAAUUCUCCAAAUAAUUAUACAAUACGUACGAAUCCACACUAACUACAAAUUUUUAACCAAUCAGAAUCCGAGCAUACAAUUACUAUUUACUAAAGUCAACCAUUUGUUUCUAAAACGACAAAAAUAUCCCAAAAACAAAAAACAAACACACAACACACAGUUGGGUUUUCUCCAACGAUCACACAAACAAGUAAAGCUGAAGUAAAAAGAAAUCGUCUGAAAGCUCUGAGAACAAAAAAUAUUUAAUUUAAUUAAAUUAAAAAAAGUUGAAGAAGAAGAAGAAGGGGGAGGAAGAGGAGGAAGAAGAGGAUUAUUGUCGUUUGAGAUGGGAGAGGUGUCGUUUGAGAAGUUGCCGUUGGGGUUCCGGUUCCGGCCAACUGACGAAGAGCUUAUCAAUCAUUAUUUGAGACUUAAGAUUAAUGGUCGUCACUCUGAGGUUGAGGUCAUCCCUGAAAUCGAUGUCUGUAAAUGGGAGCCUUCGGAUUUGCCUGGGUUGUCAGUGAUAAAGACGGAUGAUCCAGAGUGGUUUUUCUUUUGUCCACGUGAUCGGAAGUACCCAAAUGGUCAGAGGUCGAACCGGGCUACUAGUGCUGGUUAUUGGAAAGCCACCGGAAAGGACCGGACGAUCAGGUCCCGGAGCUAUAGGUCGGCGACUAAUACCACCGGGGCGAUCGGUAUGAAGAAGACUCUUGUCUUCUAUAGAGGCAGAGCUCCUAAAGGGGUGCGAACUCACUGGAUCAUGCACGAGUAUCGUCCCACGCUGAAGGACCUUGAUGGUACUGGUCCUGGUCAGGAUGCCUAUGUUCUCUGUCGCUUAUUCCGAAAGACUGAAGAGAAGCCUGAUGCUCCAAAGUAUGAUGAGGUGGAUCAGACUGGAUUAUCACCCACUGCAACCAAGUCUUCUCCGGAUGAUACCUCAUCGGAUUUGCUUCAAGAAUCAGCUACAUCAAAUAUGGCAGCUGGAGAGGAGUCAGAAGUUAUAAACAGGUGGUUAACUGAUCAGUCAGACAAGAUGACCCAAAGUGCUCAGGCACCUGUUGAAAGUGGUUCCACUAGUUAUAUGACAUCUGAUGUGGAAGACCAUGUAAUAGAUGAAACUCCUCUGGAGGUGCCCAUGAUGGAAGAAAACUCAAAGUUCAGUGAGGUUAAUGCUCUCACUGAUUAUGCAGCAAUCUCCUCUUUUAACUCACAAAUUGAGCAACCACUCUAUGCUGAUUCACCUUUUGCCUGUGACUUUGGCAAUGAUGAUUAUGUAAUUCCUUUUAUGGAUGGUACUGCUGAGCAAGAUAUAUCUCUCACCGAUUUGCUGGAUGAGGUCUUCCAGAGCCAUGAUGAGAAGUUGGACUCUCAGAAGAACUCAACUGUUGGAAAGGAGACCCAUUUAUAUGCUCAAGCACAGUCAUUGCAGAACAUACCACCAAGGAGCUUAUACAAUGGUCCAUACAACAAUAUGGGAGCUAAUAUGAACCAGCACGACGUUGAUACAAGAGCUUCUACUUGGUAUAAUGGGCAAAUGGAUGCUAAAGACAUGUUGCUGAUGCCAACCCAAUUCGGACCUUCUCGAGUUGAUGAGCCACUUAAUAACCAGGAGUUUGUAACGGGAAAUCUGGGUGCCCCUGGGGGUAAUUUUGUGGGUCAAGUGUCUGUUGCUGGUGAUUAUUCUAUGUACAAUAAUUUAGAAGAAUCGAUCAGUAGGAAUCUUCCUGAUUAUCAAUACAGUCAUAUCGGUCGACCUGAAAUCAAAUUUAAGCCUCGUCAGCCUCAACGACCAAGUUAUGGUUUUAAUAACACUCAGGGCAUUGCUGGAAGAAGACUCCGCUUGAAUGUAAAUUCAUCACAUGAAUCAACUGCAAAUGACAUUGGGUGUGACAGAAGUAAGAGCCAUGAAGAAGAGGAAGUACAGUCAACUGCUACUGAGGUCUUCAAAGCUGAGGAGAGUGAUGUUAAUCCCAAUGGUGAUCUUGGUUCUGGGACUGGAAUCAAGAUCAGGACCCGUGAAUCUCAACCAGAACCAAGUUCAGAUAAUUUUAUAUCUCAAGGAGAUUCUUUAAGAAGAUUGCGUCUACAGAUAAAUACCAUGCCUCAGUCAGUUGCCAAUGACAACCUCAAAGGUGUGGGCCAAAACAAAGAAAGUGAAGAAGUGCAAUCAAACAUUACUGAGGACACUGUGGAAGGUGCAAAGGAAAGAGAAAGAGAAAGAAAAAAUGGUGUAAAGUCAACUUCUACUGAGGACUCUCUGGAUGUGAAUUACAGCGAAAAAGAAGAUGAAUUACUUUCAAUAUCUUCUCAGGACUCUGUGGAUGCGGAAAACAGUGAGACAGAAGAUGAACUAGAGUCGAUUUCUUCUGAGGACUUCUUGGAAGAUGUAAACAACAGUGAGGGGGAAGAUGAACUACAGUCAGUUUCUGCUGAGGACUCUAUGGAUGAUGCUAACGACAGCGAAAAAGAAUUAUGGUCGAUUUCUACUGAGGACAAUGUGGAUGAUGUAAACAACAGUGAAAUUGAAGAUGAAGUAGAGCCAACUUCGACUGAGAGUCCAUGCCUCGAUGAGGCAAAUAAGGAGAGUCAUCAUCCUUUGAUGUUUGACACUGCCACGGAAAUCGCUAGAGAGUCCUUUACAGAAGGGGAAGAUAAAAGCGAGGAAACCAUUGAAGUAUCCUCAAUAAAAGAACUAAACAAGGAAAUUCUCGAUAGAUCAUCCUUGGCGAAACCAAGUUUCAGGGAAGAAAUGAAGGAUAAAUUUCCGGGUAACAGCCCUACAGAGGCAUCGGAAUCAUUAGAGAAACUAUCUAGACACCCUGUGUCAACUUAUUCCUUUGUCAUCUCUUUUGGGGUUUCUGCUGCUAUAGUUUUGCUUUUAGUUUCAUUUGGCUGGAGAGCUCUAGAUGUUGGUGUUGCGUGGAAGUAGGCUGUAGGUUGUAGGUUCUAGGUUCUACCUUCUAGAUUUCCUUUGCCUAGCCUGAGAGCUCUUUAAGUUCUUACCUUUUUGUGGGGUUAAAGGAGGUUGAAAGCUUGUAAAUUGCAGUCAUAAAUUGUUAUUGCCAGCUUAGAUUAUUUUGUCUU